AUGGAUCAUUCCCCAUUUACACCGAAGAUCAGGGCGUUGGAAGAACAACUCAGCCCGCUGGUGCCCCGCCGGUGGGAAGACGAGAAACUGCGAAAGAAGUACCGUCCCUCAGCGAUAUGCCGUGCCAGCGCAACAUGGAACCUUCGCUUCUGCGAAGAGAUGCAAGCGCGCCUACCCCUGGAACUGCGCAACAUGGUGUACAAGCAUAUAUGGGACUUUAAUACAACCUUUGAAACCUAUAAUGGACUAGUGUUCCUCGCCCAACGCCGUUGCCAGGGCUCCUCUGAAGGCAAAGAAGAAGAAUGCCAAAGGCUAGCCUCAACAUCCGAACCCGGAAUAAAGAGCAGCUGUCGUUCACAUUGCAACACGCCUUUCUUUAUGCGACCCGGGUAUGUGGGCCAGGAAACAGCACGGGAGGUUGUAGAAGCUUGGUACAACGCUGUCGUUGCAUGGUGGCCCAAGACGUGGAAUCGUGUCUCUCUUGCCACGGUCGAGUACAUGACACGCACCGACGCUUUCUUCGUUGGCCUAGACCCCUCAAGCAUCCUUCGUACUCUCAGCCUAGAGAUAUACAUCGACUUCCUCUUCAUGACGUACGACCGCAACGGACGGUCAGACCAGGAAUGCAUCGACUCGCUCCUCCGGAUCAAGAAAAAGGCCGAUUUCAGAUUGAGCAUUACCCUCAAGCAGAAAAACGUCAGCUUCCACUACUGGUCUUUAGCCUUCGACAUGCUCAGGCACGUAGUCGAUGUAUUUGAGAAAGAGGGCGCAACUGUCCAAGUCACUUUCAUUUACGAUCACGACGGGCUGUACCCGAAACUUAAAUGGAACAUGCUGGAAGCAUUAAAAAGCGGCAACAACGACUGGAAGGCGGGCGCAAAACGUGAUUUGGAAAAGGACCACCGGUUCAGAGAGAGACACAGGGUGUAUGAAGCCGACACCCUGGCUGAAGAAUCGGAUUACGACGAACUGGAUUAUCGUUCUGAUGAUGAUAAUCGUAAAAGACCGUACUAUGGACCACACAGCGAUGACGGUGGCGGGUCCCCCUCAGGGAAGGACUAUUAUGCGGAUAAUAUGUACAAAACGUAUUUCGAGCCGCGAGACUUUGAGACUCCUCCUCCUCCUCCCAAAAUACGCCGGCCGGCGUGGGAAGACCAUAUACGGUGGGACGAAUGA